AUGCCGUCAAUACAGACAAACAUAAUUAUACAAGCACCACCAGAGUUAGUUAGACAAAAGUUUUUUGACUAUCGGUCGUAUCCUCGUUGGAAUCCAUUUAUGGUGAGUUUUCAAAAAUAUACAAACACUUCUGAUCCACAAUUGAAUGAAGGAGAUGAAUUACAAAUUGAUUUAAAAUUGAAAGGAAUGAAUCAUACUAGUACAAUGUAUCCAACAAUUCUUACAAAGACAGAACUGAGUUUAGCUUGGAAAGGUGUUUUGGUUUCCGAUUGGAUCUUUUAUGGUAUACAUAGUUUUACAAUUGAGCCAUUAGAUGGAGGUACCCGUACAUUAUUUGUUCAGCUGGAGCGAUUUGGCGGCUUGUUGGUGUACAUUCUACAAUUGUUUGGAGUAUUUAGAAAGACUAAAGAAUCGUUUAUUGAGUUUAAUGAAGCGUUGAAAGAUGAAGCUGAGAAGUUGGCCCAUCAAUGUUAG